GUAUUAUACACAAAGACCAGGGAUUGAAGUGGAAUUGUAAAGAAGAAGACCCAGCAAGCCAACGCAUUACAAAAACCCUAGUUACCAAGACGUCUUCUAUAUGAAUCACCAAAGCCCUACUGACCAAGAAGACCCAGCUGUCGAAAAUGUCGAAGCGAGGACGUGGAGGAUCAGCGGGUAACAAGUUCAGAAUGUCACUGGGUCUGCCAGUUGCGGCGACAGUGAACUGCGCCGAUAACACUGGUGCUAAGAACCUCUACAUAAUUUCUGUGAAGGGAAUCAAGGGCCGCUUGAACCGCUUGCCCUCUGCUUGUGUUGGGGACAUGGUCAUGGCUACUGUUAAGAAAGGAAAGCCUGAUCUCAGGAAGAAGGUCAUGCCCGCUGUCAUUGUUAGGCAGCGCAAGCCGUGGCGCAGAAAGGAUGGAGUCUACAUGUACUUUGAAGAUAAUGCUGGUGUUAUUGUCAAUCCUAAAGGUGAAAUGAAAGGAUCUGCAAUUACUGGUCCAAUUGGAAAGGAAUGUGCUGAUCUGUGGCCAAGGAUUGCAAGUGCAGCAAAUGCUAUCGUAUAAGUGCCUACCUACUCUUUUGGUCCUGUUUUUGGACCGCAAUUGUCACAUUUUUACAUGUGCCGUUAGGGUUGAUGUAGACUGUUGCUUGAAAGUUGAGCAAAUUUUUGCUUGUGGAUUUUGCAGGCGGUUAUUAACCACAUGGAAUUUAUGCGAUGAGAGUUUGUUAUAAUUGUAAUGGUUUUAAUUUUUAUAAAUUUUGAAGUUUUUAAUUUUUAUAAAUUUCGAAGUCAUUAAUUUUUAUGAA